AUGACGCCUCCCACCCAGCCCCGAGCGCCCACCGCCACCAGGACUGUCAUCUUCCCGAGCCCUGCCCCCACAGACUCGUCUCUGCCGCCCAGACUUCCAAUAAAACAUGCUUUCUCUCCUGACAGCGCUUUGUGGAUCUGUCGGUCCUUCUGCGCGAAAGCCCAGGCGCCCCCUUGGCCCCGGCAGGGGGCGCCCCCACCCUUGGGGAAGGGGCGGGGACGUCGGCGGUGGGCGGGGGCGGGGGCGGGGGUGGCCUGGACGGGGGCGGGCUCUCCGGGCACCCAUUGGCUACCGCCCCCCAACACCAGGGCUCCCCCCAUCUCCCCCGACAUCAGUCGGUCCCGCUUCCAGCUGCUGCAGCCGCGCCUUCACAGCCUCGGCGUCCAGCCGCCUCUGCUCCGGCCGGCAUGGCGACCCCGACCCAGGCCACCACAGAGGGACCCGCGGUUGGAGAGCAGCAGUCCCGGGAGAAAGGAUGCUGGGACCGGUAGCUAUGGCAACCGGGUGGCUGGUCCUGCACAGCAGUGGAAAUGAGUCCACAGCUUGCAUCAACCUCCACAGAGAACUAGGACCAGGACUGCCAUAGUGUGGUUGGGUAGGUUGUGCACUGCACAAGGGAAAUUACCACCCAAUGGAGUGAACGGGGACUAGAAUCCAGCCUAUGCUCCACUCCUCAAGCUUUGUGUCCUGCCAGGAGGCCAUAUCAUCCAGAGCAAGGGGUCUCUUUAUCUGAUUUCUACACAGAAACCGUUGAGCAGGUGGCCCCAUCUGGAUCCUCAAGAAUGUUAAGAAACCCAGGGUUGAAACAUUUCUUUCCCUCUCUGUCUCUCUGCCUUCCUUCCACAGCUCCUCAGGAACCUGACCCAUUUUACUAUGGUGAGUGGCGGAUUCAGUGAUGAGGGCACCCCGGGGCUGGAUGGAGGGUGGCUGUAGAUCCCCACAGAUCACUGCUGGAGUGGCUUCAGCUGUGGCUACCUGGCACAUGCUGGGCCACUGGCCAUGUGAUCACACUGAUGCUGUUCAUAGCACCUGGGCCCGUGGAGGGCAGAAUCAGACUUGGGGGGUACCUUCUCUGGGCCCCCCCAAGCUUCCCAGGACUCCAGGCUGGUGCUCUGGGGUCAUCAGAGAGGGAAAUAACUCAGGUCAGGCCGCCUGGAUUUGAAUCCUGGCUUAGCCACUCACUAGCUGUGUGGCCUGGAGUAAGCAACUUUGCCUCUCUGGACCCUUCUGUAAAUAAGAGAUAGUAAUAAUAGUUCUCACCUGUGAGGCUUGUGGGAGAGAUUUAUUUGGAGGAUGCUCUUAAAUCGUCCCCACAGCACUGAAGCUCAGAGAAGUUACCCCCAGGUCUGGCAGACCUGCCCCAGUUCCCUCU